AAAAAGCUGGCCUUGGCAGCGUUCAUCGGGCUUUCUAUGGUGGGCUGCGCCAUCGCGAUGUGGACAGCGUCGAAUCCCGUUAUCACGCCCUUCAUGACCUAUCCGGCUUUCUCAAGAACCACCUUGUUGGACAGCAUGAACAAAUACUACAUGCGACCUUUCUACCAUGCGGUAUGCUACUUCAGCGGCUGUAUGACGCUCCUCAUCCUUGAAGACUUCAAGAAUCGCAAGAUUUCCAAGGUGAUGAACGCCGUGGGAUGGUUAGUGGCUGCUUCCUGCGCAUUCUGUGCGGUGUUCAUGAAGAUUCCGUGGUACAGAAGACCGGAUCCCACCUCGGAAGGUGUGAAACUAUUCAUGGCCUUCCUUGACCGCAUCCUGUGGUCAUUGUUCCUCUCGUGGUUCACAUUGGCUUGCGCCACUGGCCGAGGAGGAUUGGUCAACAGAGUCCUCUCCUCGGGCGUAUAUGUACCGCUGGGCAAGCUGUCAUUCGGCGUCUACCUGAUACACUACCCCUUCCUCAUGGUGCUGCUGCAUACAACCAGGGAACGCCUGUUGUGGUCGCACUUCACUGUGGUGACUCUAUUCUUCAGCGUGUUCGUCUGGAGCAACGUGCUGGGGUACAUGGCGUUCCUCGCUUGCGAAGCUCCAACUGCCGCCGUGGACAAGCUGAUUUUCCAAACACUCUUGGGACGAAGGAGACCCGCGCAGAAAGAGUCGCAACCGGACUCUGGCGACGUAGCAAACGGGCAGAAACAAAUUCCCCCGCUGUGGUCUAAACUUUAAUCUCGAACUUUCUUUCUUUCUCUCUCUCUCUCGUGUUUUUUGCCAUUUGAAUCACACAAAGAAGCAUCUGCAUUCUGCGGUCACUUGCAGCGAGCGCACUUUCUCCCGACAGCUACCGCUCUUUUCCAUAGACUUUCCCGCCGUGCAGAAUCAUUGUCAUGUGGAAGUUUCAAUA